GCCAGCUCUCAACCCCAGCAUAAGACGAGGGGGAGAGACAGAGCGAGCCGCUGGUGUUGACGCUGGCCGGAUGGUUAAAUCUAACCUACAGACGAUUUUGAAUAGUCAUUGUUUUGUUAGAGAAAAGGAGAGAAACUUAUCCGAGAUGCCUGUUAUUGAGCAAUCCAGUAAUAUACCCGAACGUGAAAGAGAUGAGUCACUCAACAGUGUAGCGUGUGCCGAGCUCUACGUUUAUAUCAGUCCCAGGAGGUGCUCCCGCUGUUGCAGUAACUCGUGUCCGGGGCCUCUGUGGUGCUCCGAUGCCCCUCACCCACCUCUGAAGAUCCCAGGUGGGCGAGGGAAUGACCAGCGGGAUCGCAAUCUUUCAGCUAAGCUAUUCUAUUCUGAUACUCAGUUGCUGGUUCUUGAGGAGCCGCCGCCUGCCAACGGCAGAGUGCGCUUCUUGCUCUUUGAGCCCCGGCGCUCUGAGGGCAAGCACUGCGUCUGGCGGGCGGCGCUGAAAGGAGGGAACCUUUACGUCGAAAUCCCUCCUGGAGCUUUGCCCGAGGGCAGCAAAGACAGUUUUGCCCUUCUGCUGGAGUUUGCAGAAGAGCAGCUGCAGGCCGGUCACGUGUUCAUCUGUUUCCACAAAAAACGUGACGAUAGAGCAUCCCUGCUGCGUACGUUCAGUUUCCUGGGCUUUGAGAUUGUGAGACCGGGUCAUCCCCUCGUCCCCUCCCGCCCCGACGCUUUCUUCAUGGCUUACAGCAUCGAGCGAGACUCCUCCGAUGACGAGUAAAAUGGCGCUGAGCAGUUGCAAAAGUUGCUCUCCUUUUCAAUCCACAUCCACGCAAGAUUCAUGAUCUUUGAGAAAUGAAUAUACUAUCCAAGUUCAGUAUGGUUGUGGUCUUCCUUUUUGUUGAUUCUACCUUUUUAGCUCCCACGUGCUGUGUUUUAAUGAUAUUUGCACUAGGGUAAGAUGUUAAUUACCAGGAAUAUUAUAGAGCAAGCGCCCGCUUAAUAUCCGGGCAUUAUGUCCUCGCCACUGUAUUACUCUUCAUGAUGUGUCGUGCUGACCUAUUCUCCAGCCCAUGAAUCAACCACCCCCCCCCCUCACGAUCAUCUCCACACUGUACUAUUUAUGAUACAUUUUAAUUCAUCUUACUCGUGUAAGUCGAUAUGUUUUCAUAGUAUCAGUUGAUCCACCUUUCUUUCUUUUUUGUAUGUGUGCAUGAUUUUUAUUUGUUGCUAUGAUUCACUCGAUAGAAAUCUGCAUGUAGUAACUACUAAAUAAAAGUGCACCUAAAGUGAA